AUGGAUGAACAAGACUCAGCUGGCCCUGAAGCAGGAAGAGGCCACGCCCUGGAAACUGGGAGCAGUGGGGGAUUGCGUGAAAACUCCGUGCAGAAGAUCCUGGGUGAGGAGGACACCCCUUGCUCAGAGGUGCAGAGCCAGCAGCUCAGGCAGUUCUGCUUCCAGGAGGCCAAAGGACCCCGAGAGGUUUGCAGCCAAUUCUACCACCUUGACCAUCAGUGGCUGAAGCCGGAAAGGCACACGAAAGCUCAGAUGUUGGACCUGGUGAUCUUGGAGCAGUUCCUGGCUGUCCUUCCUCUGGAGGUGGAGAGCUGGGUGAGGGAAUGCGGAGCGGAGACCAGUUCCCAGGCGGUGGCCCUGGCCGAAGGUCUCCUCCUGAGUCAGGCAGAGGAGAGGAAGCAGGCAGAGCAGCAGGUGAGAGAGACUUUCCUCUGGAUACUCCCAAGGGGCUCCAAAGAGGAGGGAGAGUAUUCCCAAAUCAUUUCCUAAUGGCCCAUCCUUUUUUACUAAUGGCCCAUCCUUUUUUGGAAAGCAUCUAGGAACAGAUCUUCUUCUUCUUCUUCUUCUUCUUCUUCUUCUUCUUCUUCUUCUUUAUGACAUCCAUGUGGCUGGGUGCCUUCCAGCACAUAUAAAAGCAUAAGAAGACAUCAGAUGUCUUCUAAAAGUUAUGCAUUUUCUUAUCUCCUUAUCACCUGAUGGGAGGGCAUUCCCCAGGGUGGGUCCCACUGUGGAGAAGGUCUUCUGCCUGGUUCCCUGUAACUUCACUUAUCACAGUGAGGGAAUCAGCAGAAGACCCUCGGAACUGGACCUCAGUUCAUGGAGACGCUCCUUUGGGUAUACUGGGCCUUUGAGGCCAACACUUUGAAUUGUGCUGGGAAACGUUCUGGGAGCCAGUGAAGAUCCUUGAGGACCAAUGUUUCAUGGUCCUGGCAGCCAACCCCAGACACCAGUCUAGCAGAAGCAGGAAGCAGCUUUCACCUCUGUCCCCCGAAAGCGCUUGCCUCUGCCAUUCCUUCUCUAACCCUUCUCCCCAUUCUCUGUUUUGAAUCCUUGUUGCUCUUUCAGAGGAAGGAUCUUUUGGCAGAAAUGGGUCUUGAGUCUUCUGAGGCAGAGAAGACUCCGCUGGACGCCAGAGUGAGGCCUCUGGGUAAGGAGGAAGGAGUGUUUUCUCCCCCGUUUUGUCACAUUCUCUUGGUUUUGAAACUAAUCUGUGAGUUCUUUACAUCUUUUGGGGGAAGACACCUGGAGCCCAGAGCUCGGGGGGGGGGAUGUAUUUUUGCACAACUAUUAUAUGAAAUGGGUACAAAUGAGUCCAAAUGUACUCAGCAGGGGAGACGGUUCCGAUAGUAAUUUGAUUAGUUUAAAAUUACAGUUCAUUAAUGGCCCCAUUAUAACAAUGCGAAAUUACAAUACAAUUAGUAAUACCAAUCUUUAAGAUAUCAAAUUAUAUAAUAUAGGUGCCCCCCCCGCAUGCUAAAACUGAUGGUUUGAUGAUUUUCUUGAUUUCUGCAUUCCAAAAUCUUAUUAUUUUCAAUUACCCUCCUGUCAAGAUAAGAAUCCUUUAUACAAAUAAUAUAUAAAACUACAAGUGAGGCACUCCAGCGAUAUCCUUACUCUUCCCAUGUGUGGCAACCUUCCUGUUUGUGAUGUUUUUUCCUGUCCUUGUAAAAUAUUUUAUCUUUUCCUGGUUGUUGCUGUUCUCCAUCAUUCCUUGGACGGAGCUAAUAUCCCAUUGUGGUUUCAGAAAUUCUCCAUCGCUCUGUCCUGUGCUUCGUUGUUUGGCAACUUUAACAGCAGCUGCAAAAAUCACACUGUCCCAAUAAAUAAUCAGUUUUUGCCAUUUUUCUUCUCCGCCUGGGAAGGAGAGGGAUCGGUCAAACUGCAAUUGACUCAGUAAUGAACCUUAUCAGCUCCUACACAACUUUCAGAUUCCUUACAUCCCUCUGUCUGGCCUAAGAUAAAUGUACAUUUAUCCAAUUAAAUUAAAUUCCAAGUCCUUUUAGCAUUAUUCAGUUCAGUCUGUAUAUAAUAAAGGAUGGGGAAGAGUCACCUCUAAUUUUCCAUCGUAAACAAAAUAGAGCUUUCCUCCCUUUUUCCUUUUGGUUUUUACACACACAGUUCCAUUUGAUGUUAUAUUUCAUAUCUGCAAUCCAGUUUCAUCCCUGCUCACCUGUACAUAUAUAUUUUCAACUAGUAUUCAGUGGCGGACUGCCAAAUCAUAAAUGCAGAGAAGAAAACUUUAUAUAAAGAAGCCAUAGGCUCCCCUCCCCCCACUCACUGUCUUUUGCAGCAAAUGAAGUUUAUUCUCAAAUUCAAACCUUAAAGACCUUGCAGCUGGUUCAAUUCCGCAGUUUAUGAGCUCAUCUCUUCCAGCAACGCCUGUACAUUAGUCCAAAUUGAGCUCUAAUUGACAGGAGAACCUCUGGUUCUUAAUGGCGGCGAAGGAGGGUUUUCGGCAGGCGAAGGGCUUUUGCACUCAGCACCUCCCUGCCUCUCGCAAUCCAUGCCGGAGCCGGAACCUGGUACCGAGACAAACUGGGAGUGAAGCCUGUUUCCCCCUGUCCCGGGGGCAACUUGCAAGGAGAAUUACCCUCAGUCAUCCUUGUUUUUCCUUUGCCAACGAUCUCCCGCUGCCUCCAUUAAAGCAGAGCGGAACCGGAAGCUAGCAGGGGAGACUUGGACAAGCCCCAUCUGUACUUAGAGAUGCACUGUUUCACCUCUGAGAGAAGCAGGCGCUCACGGUUUCCACUUUCCUUGGUCUCUCCCAGGUGACGGAAUGAUGCCACCAAGACCUGCUCCUUCAUCUUUUCAUGGUGGUGGAGGGGAGGCAGCAGCUGUGGACCCAGAUCAGGUAGGGGGAAGGAGCCUUGUGGGGAAGGACUGCUUGGAUGCAGACUGGCUGGACACAGUUGGAUGCAGAGGAAUGGUGGGAGGAGCCAGAGAAGAGGGAGCCGACUGGGAGGAGGAGGAGGAGGGGUCUGAAGCUGGAGAGGGAAGAGGGCUCAGGGAGCAGAGGGAGUCUGUGGCAGAGAGCAGCCCAGACUCCGAGGCAGAAGCUGCAGCAGGAGAGAGGGAUGAGGAAGGCAGAGAGGGGUCUGGCCGCUGUAGAAAACAGCAGAGCCAAGUGAAUGUUCUCUAAGAGGACAGCCUUUUUCCUGUUCUGUUAGGGUCCAGUGUGCUUUGAAGAUGUGGCUGUCCAUUUCACAGACGAGGAGUGGGCGUUGCUGGAUCCUGACCAGAGAGCUCUCCAUAAGGAAGUCAUGGAGGAGAAUCGUGGGAUCUUGGACUCUCUCGGUAAGGCUCCCUAUUGGAUCAUCCUUUCUGUUUUGUAAUUCAAGACAUCUCUCUAGAUGAUGAACCUCUGAUAUUUCGAUGGGGCUCAACAGCGCCACCCACAGCACCUGGGAUGUUAACACUCCCAAAGCAAACCUUGGAGGGAUGGCUAUUGAUUGUUUUCCCUGUGAAUAUUCUUCUUCCAGUUCUGCCGUUUAAAACCAUGAUCAGGCUGUCUGAACUGCCCAGGCCUUCUUAAAUGUAGGAUUCCGAGUGAUUUGGGGUGUUGAAGUAGCUUCAGUAAAGUUUCCUGCUUUUGUUCUUGCUUCUGUCUCUCUCUGGUUGACCAAAGAGUCGCUUGACAUUGGAGAUGGCACAGAUUCCACGACUGAACCAAACAAACUCCAUCCCAAAACAGAGCCAGGCUUUUUGAAUCUCAGGCAGUGAACCCUGUAGUAACAAUAAUGAUAAUUUUAUUAUUUUCACCCUGCCCAUCUGACUGGGUUGCCCCAGCCACUCUGGGCAACUUCCAACAAAUAGAAAAACAUAAUAAAACAUCGAACAUUAAAAACUUCCCAAUACAGAGGUGCCUUCAGAUGUCCUCUAAAAGUUGCAUAGUUAUUUCCUUGACAUCUGAGGGGAGGGCGUUCCACAGGGUGGGUUCCCCUAUCGAGAAGGCCCCCUGCCUCGUCCCCUGUAACUUCUCACAAAAAUGUAACAUUUAAGUACAGUGGUACUUCGGGUGAAGAACUUAAUUCGUUCUGGAGGUCUGUUCUUAACCUGAAACUGUUCUUAACCUGAAGCACCACUUUAGCUAAUGGGGUCUCCUGCUGCCUCUGCGCUGCCAGAGCACGAUUUCUGUUCUCAUCCUGAAGCAAAGUUCUUAACCUGACGUACUAUUUCUAGGUUAGCGGAGUCUGUAACUUGAAGCGUAUGUAACCUGCGGUACGACUGUAAGGAAACUUGAAUAAUAAUAAUAAUACUGAUAUGACAAGUUUCUGCUGCAUUCUGUGAUGUCGAGAAUUUAAGAAAACAUCCAAAUUGGUUUAAGGUGAUGCACAUCAUAAUUAAAUUUUUAGCCACUAAAGAAAUUCAAAUUUGGCAGCUGCUACACACAUUUGUUCAAUAUAUGAAAAGUGUUUUUCAGCACAUAGAAGUGACACGCAGCGUAAAUUAAUAAUGCAGAGUUCUAAAGAAUAAGAGCUUUACUGAGUUAAAAUAAACUUCUUCAUAAACAACAUGGUUCCAAAUAGUUUGACUGAGAUUACAUACUGACUCUGCUCACAAGUGAGGCAGACUGACUCUGACUGAAAUCUUACAGAGAACACACAGAGAAAAUGGCUGCUAAGUCACAUGUCAGAGUGACUCAACACUUAGCUGUUAGGCCUGAAUAACUUUAGUAGGCCCAAAUGAUUGUGCAGUCCCAGCACUUCCCAGCCUGCUUUGCUGCUUCUGCUCACAUGUGUCUUUGUUACAUGACACUCCCCCAAAGACCUAGAGGGCAGAAGUAUAAACAUGAAAAAUUAACUUUUCACCUGAUGGCAAUUUGGCUAGUGUGUAAACCUUAUUUUCUUUGAAUGAUCCCAACUCUUCUUUCUGUCGGAAAUCAAGCCUAUAUCGGGAGUAACUGGCAGCACUCCCAGGCACCCGGCUUGGUCUCCUGUUGACCUCCCUGGCUGCAUUCCCAGCAAGAUCCAGGCUAGGUCGCGAUAGGCGAUUCUUCUCAGCGUGAGAAGAACACACCCCCUCCCUCCUGCUCUCCCGGCAGGGAAAAGGAGAUAGACAGAAACGUUUUUACAUGCUUUUAUUUCUGUCUUUGAAGCAUAACAGAAAACAUGACUGCUCUCUUCAAGCUCCAGCAGUCCAGAGUCAAAAACCUCCUGUACUUCCUGUACAAGAGCAAGAGGAAGAGCUCAUAUUACACUCUGAGCUAAUUCCUGUGCAUUGCCCUGUGAACUGACUGUCCCUCUGUUUCCCACGGAACAGUCCCAACAUUCCAUCAUGUUUUGUUUUCAAGCUACCAGUUUGCAGCUGCAUUGCUUCUAUAUCGUUACAUACUCCCCCAUAUGAAUCAAUGUGAGCUGCGAACAAAGCUUGAUCCAGAGAAGAAAACAAACCGUUGUUAUACAUAUAACAAUCCCCUGUUGUUUCAGUUCCACCCUUGGAACUACCCGCCACUGGUUUCACCAGUGUACCUCUCUGGUUGUCUGACUUCCAAAGAAUGAGUGCAUCCGCCUUACCUUGGCUAGGGAAUGUAGUGUUACGUUUAGCAACUCCCUGUUGUGUCUUUGUUUCUGACUUGGACACACCUUUAACCUGUCUUGAGUUGUCAACAAUAGUAACACAUGCUACAGCUGAGUUAGCAAACUCUUUGGAAUACCUCUUGGGUGGUACGCCCUUUGUAACUCUCUCAGACCUGCGUAUGAGGUGCUGAUCCUCUCUGCUCACUGGUUCAGUCUCAGGACUCUUUGGAGAACCAGUUCCAAUAGUAAACAGUGGUUCAUCCUUCACCUGUGAAGGUCUAGCCAUUGUGUGAGAUUUCCUCUCAACAACUGUGUUAACUAAGCUCUUCGAGCUAUCGCUGUCACUCUCAGUACCACUGUAAUCAGUAAAAUCAUAGAAUCAUAGAGUUGGAAGAGACCACAAGGGCCAUCGAGUCCAACCCCCUGCCAAGCAGGAAACACCAUCAGAGCACUCCUGACAUAUGGUUGUCAAGCCUCUGCUUAAAGACCUCCAAAGAAGGAGACUCCACCACACUCCUUGGCAGCAAAUUCCACUGUCGAACAGCUCUUACUGUCAGGAAGUUCUUCCUAAUGUUUAGGUGGAAUCUUCUUUCUUGUAGUUUGGAUCCAUUGCUCCGUGUCCGCUUCUCUGGAGCAGCAGAAAACAACCUUUCUCCCUCCUCUAGGUGACAUCCUUUUAUAUAUUUGAACAUGGCUAUCAUAUCACCCCUUAACCUCCUCUUCUCCAGGCUAAACAUGCCCAGCUCUCUUAGCCGUUCCUCAUAAGGCAUCGUUUCCAGGCCUUUGACCAUUUUGGUUGCCCUCCUCUGGACACGUUCCAGUUUGUCAGUGUCCUUCUUGAACUGUGGUGCCCAGAACUGGACACAGUACUCCAGGUGAGGUCUGACCAGAGCAGAAGACAGUGGCACUAUUACUUCCCUUGAUCUAGAUGCUAUACUCCUAUUGAUGCAGCCCAGAAUUGCAUUGGCUCUUUUAGCUGCCGCGUCACACUGUUGGCUCAUGUCAAGUUUGUGGUCAACCAAGACUCCUAGAUCCUUUUCACAUGUACUGCUCUCAAGCCAGGUGUCCCCUAUCUUGUAUUUGUGCCUCUCAUUUUUUUUUCCCAAGUGCAAUACUUUACAUUUCUCCCUGUUCAAAUUCAUCUUGUUUGUUUUGGCCCAGUUCUCUAAUCUGUCAAGGUCGUUUUGAAGUGUGAUCCUGUCCUCUGGGGUGUUAGCCACCCCUCCCAGUUUGGUGUCAUCUGCAAAUUUGAUCAGGAUGCCCUUGAGUCCAUCAUCCAAGUCGUUGAUAAAGAUGUUGAAUAAGACCGGGCCCAAGACAGAACCCUGUGGCCCCCCACUAGUCACUCUUCUCCAGGAUGAAGAGGAACCAUUGAUGAGCACCCUUUGGGUUCGCUCAGUCAGCCAGUUACAAAUCCACUGAGUGGUAGCAUAGUCAAGACCGCAUUUUACCAGCUUCUUUACAAGAAUAUCAUGGGGCACCUUGUCAAAUGCCUUGCUGAAAUCAAGGUAGGCUACAUCCACUGCGUUCCCUUCAUCUACCAGGCUUGUAAUUCUGUCAAAAAAAUGAGAUCAGGUUAGUCUGACAUGACUUAUUUUUCAGAAAUCCAUGCGGACUAUUGGUGAUCACAGCAUUCCUUUCUAGGUGCUCACAGACUGUUUGCUUAAUGAUCUGCUCCAGAAUCUUCCCUGGUAUUGAUGUCAGACUGACUGGGCGGUAAUUAUUUGGGUCCUCUCUUUUCCCCUUUUUGAAAAUAGGGACAACAUUUGCCCUCCUCCAGUCUUCCGGGACUUUGCCUGUUCUCCAGGAAUUCUCAAAGAUGACUGCCAGUGGUUCUGAGAUCACAUCUACCAGUUCUUUUAGUACUCUUGGAUGCAGUUCAUCUGGCCCUGGAGACUUGAAUACAUCUAAACUAGCCAAGUAUUCUUCUACUAUCUCCUUAGUUAUUCUGGGCUGUGUUUCCUUUGCUGAAUCAUUUGCUCCAAAUUCUUCAGGUCGGAGAAGACUGAGUCAAAGAAGGCAUUGAGGAGUUCAGCCCUUUCUGUGUCCCCUGUUUGCAUUUCACCAUCUUCUCCUCUGAGUGACCCCACUGUUUCUUUGUUCUUCCUUUUGCUGCGAACAUACCCAUAAAAGCCUUUGUUGUUGCUUUUAACCUCUCUAGCAAGCCUGAGUUCAUUCUGUGCUUUAGCUUUUCUGACUUUGUGUCUACACGUGCUGGCUAUUUGUUUGAAUUCCUCUUUGGUGGUUUCCCCCCUUUUCCAUUUUUUGUACACAUCCUUUUCUAAUCUUAACUCCGUUAAAAGUUCUUUAGAUAGCCACCCUGGCUUCGUUAGGCACCUUCCAUGUUUCCGUCUCAUUGGUAUUGCCCGACGUUGUGCUUUACUAUCUCCUCUUAACAAACUCCCAGCCAUCAUGAACUCCCUUUCCUUUUAGUAUUAUUGUCCAUGGGAUCUCACCCAGCACUUCCCUAAGUUUUAUGAAGUCGGCUUUCUUAAAGUCAAGAAAUUGAGUCCUAGUAUGCUUGGCUGCUCCUUUCCGCUGUAUAGUAAACUUCAGAAGAGCAUGAUCACUCGUCUGAAUAACUUUAGUAGGCCCAAAUGAUUGUGCAGUCCCAGCAGUUCCCAGCCUGCUUUGCUGCUUCUGCUCUCAUGUGUCUUUGUCACAUGACAAGAAGUUCACGUUUGCCAUUUUUAUUCCCCUGCUCUUACAUCGCCCAACACAAGGCAGCUGACUAUGACCAAGUCAGUCCAGAGUCAAUGUUCCCAAAUAUUUCUCCAGCUCUUAAAAUUUGUUUAGAUUUAUUACUGCAUACUGAACAACUUAGCAUAUUGAAUAUAUCUUAAUCUUAACAGGGAACUUUCCCGCAUUGGCCACCUUUUUCAAUAAAAGCACAUUUUAUUUAUGAAGAUCGUACAGAUGCAUAUUUAAAUUUGAACAAAAUGACGUUACCAGGUUAAGCUGUACUUUUAAAAACCUGAGAGAGAAAACAUCUAAUAUCCAAAUUGAUUUGUAUAUGAAACUAGACAUUUUUACAGAACAAAAGGAACGUUAUAACAUCUAACUCCCUUCAGGUCUUCCUCUGUCCCAAGCAUUAAUUAGCAUUGUUCCGUAAUUUGGGACUGCUCUUCUUCCCGAGACUCUAAUCCGUUUGCCUCUUAGUUUCAGGUGGUGAUGAAUUGGAAAUGAAGAACAAGGGAGACUACAACGAAAUUCACACAGUGGAGGAGCCAUAUCAGGAUUCAGACUGUGGAGAGAGCUUCAGUCAGAGCUCCCAUGCCACUUCCCAUCAAAGAAAUCCGCUUGAGAAGAAACCCUAUCAGUGCUUGGAAUGUGGGAAAAGCUUCACCUGGAAACAGAGUUUCGCUGCCCAUCGUAGAAUUCAUACAAAAGAGAAACCCUAUCACUGCUUGGAGUGUGGAAAGAGCUUCAGUCACAGCCACAAUCUCACUACCCAUCGUAGAAUUCAUACAGGAGAGAAACCAUAUCACUGCGUGGAAUGUGGAAAGAGCUUCAAUCACGGCUCCCAUCUCACUGCACAUCAAAGAAUUCAUACAGGGGAGAAACCCUUUCAGUGCUUGGAAUGCGGAAAGAGCUUCAAUCAGAGGGCUAAGCUCACUUCCCAUCAAACGAUUCAUACAGGGGAGAAACCGUAUCAGUGCUUGGAAUGUGGAAAGAGCUUCACUCGGAGUGCCAAUCUCACUUCCCAUCAAAGGAUUCAUACAGGGGACAAACCCUAUCAGUGUGUGGAAUGUGGAAAGAGCUUCAUCAGGAAAGAAAGUCUAACUGUCCAUCAGAGAAAUCAUAAAGGGGAGAAACCGUAUCAGUGCUUGGAAUGUGGAAAGAGCUUCAGUCAAAAAAGCAGUUUCACUUCCCAUCAAAGAAUUCAUACAGGGGAGAAACCGUAUCACUGCUUUGUGUGUGGAAAGAGCUUCAGUCACAGCAAUACUCUCACUUCCCAUCGUAGAAUUCAUACAAGGGAGAAACCCUAUCAGUGCGUUGAAUGUGGAAAGCGCUUCAAUCAGAGGACCAAGCUCACUUCCCAUCAAAGGAUUCAUACAGGGAGAAACCCUAUCAGUGCUUGGAAUGUGGAAAGAGCUUCAGCAAAAAAAGCAGUUUCACUUCCCAUCAAAGAAUUCACACAGGAGAAAAACCCUAUCAGUGCUUGGAGUGUGGAAAGAGCUUCACCUGGAAAGAAAAUCUCACUUCCCAUCAAAGGAUUCAUACAGGGGAGAAACUCUAUCAGUGCUUGGAAUGUGGAAAGAGCUUCACCAGGAAAGAAAGUUUCACUGUCCAUCAAAGAAUUCAUACAGGGGAGAAACCUUAUCAGUGCGCGGAAUGUGGAAAGAGCUUCACCUGGAAAGAAAGUCUCACUGUCCAUCAAAGAAUUCACACAGGAGAAAAACCCUAUCAGUGCGUGGAAUGUGGAAAGAGCUUCACCUGGAAAGAAAAUCUCACUGUCCAUCAAAGAAUUCAUACAGGGGAUAACCCCUAUCAGUGUGUGGAAUGUGGAAAGAGUUUCAGCUGCGGCUACGAUCUCACUUCCCAUCAAAGAAUUCAUACAGGGGAGAAACCCUAUCAGUGUGUUGAAUGUGGAAAGAGCUUCACUGAUAGCUCCUCUCUCUCCUCCCAUCAAAGAAUUCAUACAGGGGAGAAACCAUAUCACUGCUUGGAGUGUGGAAAGAGCUUCAGUCACAGCCACGAUUGCACUUGCCAUCGUAGAAUUCAUACAGGGGAGAAACCAUAUCAGUGCAUGGAAUGUGGAAAGAGCUUCAGUCAGAGGGCCCAUCUCACUUCCCAUCAAAGGAUUCAUACAGGGGAGAAACCCUAUCAAUGUUUGGAAUGUGGAAAGAGCUUCUCCAGGAAAGAAAGUCUCACUUCCCAUCAAAGAAUUCAUACAGGAGAUAACCCCUUUCAGUGCCUGGAAUGUGGAAAGAGAUUCAUUAACAGCUCCACACUCACUUCCCAUCAAAGAAUUCAUACAGGGGAGAAACCCUUUAAGUGUUUAG